UAAGCAGAAGUAGUUGGCCGAGUGUCACCGCACAGAGACGGGAGGUGAUGCAACUUCUAUGUGCGCGAUACUGGCGGAUUUAAAAGAAAACUCAAGAGUUGACGGCCGCGAGCUCCCCUUCACGCAUAGAAAAGUUUCUGGAUUAGGGCAGAAUUGACACAAAGCGGCAACGCCACUCCAGCGCCACUCGCAAGCGACGCAGAAGAGGCAACGAGGGGGGACCGGGACACUCGAGCCGAACGCCACCUCAGAGAACUGUAGCGAUAGCCAGCGGCGGACGAGUCCAUCCCGGAGGUUAGAGAGAGAGAGAGGCGGGGUAUCUUUGCCGACGAGGUCCCUGAAGGAUGGAAGAGAAGCAGUUCGCCGGGAUCCUGAACGGAGCCGUUCCGGGAGAGCCGGUGAAGAAGGAUGAGAACUCCCGGAGAGGGAACUGGGGCAACCAGAUCGAGUUUGUCCUCACCAGCGUGGGCUACGCCGUGGGCCUGGGCAACGUCUGGAGGUUCCCUUACCUCUGCUACAGGAACGGAGGAGGUGCCUUCAUGUUGCCGUACUUCAUCAUGCUGGUGUUCUGCGGCAUUCCUCUCUUCUUCCUCGAGCUGUCCUUCGGCCAGUUUGCCAGCCUGGGCUGUCUCGGAGUGUGGAAGAUCAGCCCCAUGUUUAAAGGCGUGGGCUACGGCAUGAUGGUGGUGUCCACCUACAUCGGGAUCUACUACAACGUGGUCAUCUGCAUUGCCUUCUACUACUUCUUCAUGUCCAUGACUAACGUGCUGCCGUGGACCUACUGCAACAACCCCUGGAACACGCCGGACUGCAGCGGGGUGCUGGGCGGCGGCAGCAACCGCUUCAACGUUAGCCUGGCUAACACCACCACCAGCCUGGUGGCCGGGGUGUCCGAGGUGGUCAACCGCACCAAGAGGACCAGCCCCAGCGAGGAGUACUGGAAACACUACGUGUUGAACAUCUCCGAUGACAUUGGGAACUUUGGAGAGGUCCGUCUCCCCAUCCUGGGCUGCCUGGCCGUGUCCUGGUUUGUCGUCUUCCUCUGUCUCAUCAGGGGCGUCAAAUCCUCUGGAAAGGUGGUGUACUUCACAGCCACGUUCCCCUAUGUCGUUCUGACCAUCCUGUUCAUCCGCGGCAUCACCCUGGAAGGAGCCGUCAACGGCAUCAAGUACUACCUGACUCCCCAGUGGCAUAAGGUCCUCGAUGCAAAGGUGUGGGGAGAUGCGGCGUCACAGAUCUUCUACUCCCUGGGCUGUGCAUGGGGGGGGCUCAUUACCAUGGCCUCCUACAACAAGUUCCACAACAACUGCUUCAGAGACAGCAUCAUAAUCAGCAUAACCAACUGUGCAACCAGCGUGUAUGCCGGCUUUGUCAUAUUCUCCAUCCUGGGCUUCAUGGCACACAACCUGAACGUCCCCGUGUCGGAGGUGGCCGACCACGGGCCGGGCUUGGCCUUCGUUGCCUAUCCAGAAGCCCUCACUCUGCUGCCCAUCUCACCGCUCUGGUCACUGCUCUUCUUCUUCAUGCUCAUCCUCCUGGGACUGGGGACUCAGUUCUGUCUGCUGGAGACCCUGGUGACGGCCGUGGUCGAUGAGAUCGGAACCGACUGGAUCAUCCGGAACAAGACCGUUGUGACACUUUCGGUGGCCAUAAUUGGAUUCUUACUGGGAGUGCCGCUAACAACACGGGCGGGAAUCUAUUGGCUACUGCUGAUGGACAACUACGCUGCUAGUUUCUCUCUGGUCGUCAUCUCCUGCAUCAUGUGUAUCUGCGUCAUGUAUGUUUAUGGCCACAAAAAAUACUUCAAAGACGUGGAGAUGAUGCUGGGCUUCCCUCCUCCUCUCUUCUUCAAAGUCUGCUGGAGAUUCAUCUCGCCCGUCAUCAUCUCUUUCAUCCUGAUCUUCACCGUGAUCCAGUACAAGCCCAUCACCUACAAUAACUAUGUGUACCCCGGCUGGUCUCUGGCUAUCGGCUUCUGCAUGGCCAUGUCCUCGGUGAUCUGCAUACCCGUCUAUGCCCUCUACAAGAUCUCAAGGUCCCCAGGGGCCACCUUCAGAGAGCGGUUGAAGUUCGCUUGCCAGCCACAUCCAUCGUGGGGCCCCGCCCUGCAGGAGCACCGGAUAGGCCGCUACGCCUCCUUGGCCUCCGAAGACACGGUGGAGUCUCGUCCCCUCAGGGAGAAACAGGAGCUGAAGGAGGAGCAGAAGGGAGAGCUGAAGGAGGAGCCGAAGGAGGAGGAGGAGGAGGAGGACAAGGAGAGGAGGGAUGAGAUCAGCCUCACCAUCCAGGGAAGCAACGGCUCCACCAACACAAAAAAAACCCCCAUUCCCGGGGAAUGGGGGGAUGAGGGCCGUGGAGGAGGAUCCGGGCUAGAGGACGUAGCCAGAGACGGUAUGGUGGGCAUGUCGUAG